AUGGGCCGUUUCUGGUUGUGGGUUCCGCAUCUUCGCCAGACAUCCCUUCGUAUAACUGCCUGUAUUUUCCUCAUCGUCGCUUUCCUUGCGAGCUUUGCUUCGGAUCCGGGAGGUAGCGUCCGUUUUUCGCACCCUGAGCGGCAUUGUCGGCCGCUUCACGAGUUUGAGCCGACGCAAGGGGAAGAAUAUCAGAUAACCUUUUACGAUGUGGAUUCUGGGUAUCAAAUUCGAGUAUACCCAUCAAGCCAUGAUGCGACAUCAGCAGGAAUAGGCGACGGCAGAAAUCGUACCGGGUACCGAGCGACCAUUCACAAUCCGGAAGAGGGAAACCAAACCCUGCUUUUAUGCUCGUUGGCGUCGGAAUCGGCCGUAUCCAUAAUUACCACAAAUAUACCCGAAAUCAGACAGCAGACGGCUGUCACGAAUUAUCCGUAUCAAUUGUACUAUCCAGUCAAGCGCUUCGCUGCUCGAACCUCGGAGGGAAACCCGAGCUAUGCGUUCCUCCAGUGGAAUUUGAGUAAUCCUGCUUCGACCCUGUCUUCAACAUCCAGGCAGCCAAGUCGUCUGUGGAUGUCCCUGGAGCGCGCAUAUCCUCAUGACGAACAAUCUUCAGGCUGCGCAGAAUCCUUGCGUUGGGCGCAGGCUGGCUCCGAUGUCAAUUCCCGAAAGCCUAGGCGAGAGCUGAGGAAGCGUGACCUGAACCAUCACUCGAGGCUUAUAGAAAGAAAUGCAGAGGUCACAUGGAAGUCAUUGCCUCCGGAUGAGAAGAGCGUCUUGGAGAGGCGUGCGGAGGAGGUGAAGAUGCAGCAUAUCCAAGCACACCCUGAAUACCAGUACAAACUGCAACGUAACGGGAAAAGAAUACUCAAAUAA